CGAAAAAUCUGCCGAAAGACAAACAAGCGAAGCGGCAGCGACACACACAAACACUCGACCAUCUCCAGCCCCCAAAUCGUUGCUUGCCCGUGCUUAUCAAGACUGUACCCCAUCACUCAAACCAACACAAUGGCAACCCCCAAGUUCUCUGACCUCGGCAAGGCUUGCGCCGAUCUCUUCUCCGAUGACUUCAACGCCUCGGCCAACAAGCUCACCCUCAAGUCUAAGGCCAUCAACGGCACUAACCUGAAGGUUGAGGGCACCCGCUCCAACAAGGACGGCUCCGUGUCUGGUCUUAUUGAGACCAAGUUCUCCCACAAGGCCUCUGGCCUCAACGUGAAGGAGAAGUGGACCACGGGCAACGUUGUCGCCACCGAGGUGUCCAGGAAGAACCUCCUCACCCCCGGCACAGACCUCAGCCUCACCACCAGCUUCAAGCCCUCCACCUCGGGGCUUGACUCGAUCAAGCUCAAGUCCUCGCUCGUCCGCGACCAGUUUGCCGCCACCCUCGACACAGACUUUUGCAAGGUCUCCGGCUCUGGCGUCUUCUCCUACAACAAGUUCCUCUUUGGCGCCUCCACCAACCUCAAGUCUACCUCCGUUGGCGUCGCCUUUGUGGAGCAGGACUACAGCAUCACCUCCACUGUCACGGAUGGCCGCGACGUGAACAUCAAGCUCUUCCACACCCCCCGCGCCACGGUGCAGGCUGGUGCUGAGUUUGGCUGGUCCAAGACGGGCGCCACGAAGCUCGGCGUUGCCGGCCGCCUGCAGCUGGACGACUCUGCAUAUGUCAAGGCCAAGGUCGACAACAAGCUCAACCUCGGCCUCGCUUACGUGCAGAAGCUCCGCCCCGGUGUCACCAUGACCCUCGCCGCCAACCUUGUCGGCAACAACCUCACCAGCGGCGGCCACAACCUCGGCAUGUCCCUCUCCCUCGACAACUGAGCACACUCUGCUGUUGUGUGAAAGGCAUUCUUGCACUGCACGGCUCGCCGUGUAGUGUCUCCCUUCCCACUUGCACCCCCAUCCUCUCUCGUCCACCUCUUCCUGCCAUCAACAGGCUGUCCAUGUGUCUCGUCGCUGUCACGCACCCGUCCCUCCCACAUCCCCCAUGCCCUCCUGUCUCCUCAUGCCCUCCUGUCUCCUUAACUGUCGUCUCUCAAGUUCAGCUACCAAAUACAAAGCAGUGACAGCA